AUAUUCUUGGCAUGCUUAGCUCAACGCUUAGUCACCAAAUCCCGCCCUGUCCUAACCGCGUCGAAUUGCCUAUUUCGUGCUGCUUCACGUCGUCCCGUUUACUUCUUGUCUUCUUUUCUUCCUCCGAGUCUCCCGUCCUCUUGUAAUUGUUGCCUUGUUCAGCAAUUCGGGGUGGCGAGGAUCUUCUUUUUAUUCUUUUUUUUCCCUCUUCAAUUGCUAUUCCAUUUUCUUACCUCUUUAUCAUCUAUUCUACGCCGUUCUAGUUCGUGUUGUCACACUAUCCCGCACUUCCAACGCGGCUCUGCUACGCCCAACGAAAUUCACAAUUCACCUUAAUCUUUUCAUAGCAACAAAUCUCUCCUCUCUCUGUUCAUUGCAUGGUUUAGGCUGCCUCUGUUGUCAUCGAUACCACAAUCAUAUACUCAUAAUUAACCCGCGUCGACCGCUUGCCGCUAUCAACUUUCCCAAGCCCGACUUGACGUGACGGAAGCUUCAAUUUUGGUGUCCACUGGGCGGUGAACCCCAACCACCAGCACGGAUUCCCCCUCCCUCUCACCCCAGGAAAAGGGAACUAUAAGAAGCUGUAGCAUCCCUCUAUUUGUGUUUAUACUGUGGAUAUCUGCAAUUUGAAGCUACUAGUCCCAGCUUACAACUGCUUGAAAUGGCGUCCGAGGAUGGCAUCUCGGUCCGCCAGCUGAGACUCAAGGUCCUUUACACAUUCGAUAGCGAGAACAAAACAAAUUGUUUGGCUCGAUGGCCCCACCUCAUGGACAUCCAAACAGCCUAUAUCGAUGAAGAGACCCAGGUUGGGGUUAUCGAGCUGAAGACCUGCAUACAGGCCAUUGUUUCCGCUAGCCCCGAGUUGGUUGCCAAAGUUGGUCGAGAUUAUACAAUCUACGCAUACGACUAUUCUGAGUACGAGACGCCAUUGGUUGGACAAGGAAUGCUAUCAUGGAUUUUGGCUUCUGCGUCACCGACUCCCGAUGCCCCGGCACAUCAGUCGAAAACAAUGGUUACUGGUCGUGUUUGCAAGAAUUCCUUUGGCCUUUUCUCGAAGGGGGGACAGGAGACGUUAGAAGUUAAAUUGCGUCUCGUGCCGGUCCCAACAAUUUACCAGAACGAAUACCUCAGCAGCAUGCAUAAGUACCGAGAGUCGAGUCACGCAAUGCCACAAGAGUUUGAUGCUCAAUCAUGGACCAACUUUGUUCAGGCCAAUCCUGGCCUCCUGGCAGCAGGCGGCUCCGGUUCUGCUCCCCCUCCUGAGCUCGCCCCUUCUCCAGUGGACCGAUCCGGAAUUGAGCGACUGCAUCAGAUGCUGAGCGAAGGCUCAACCCCAAGAGAGUUUUCGAAUAUCACAACCGCAGAGCCCUAUCAUGCCGAUUCGCCUGCCCAUUCAACACACGCUGCACCAAGUCGAACUUCCACUCCUGGGCUCACAAGGCCGUGCAGCCAACAUCAAAAAAGGCCCUCUGGGGAUGCAUUUCGACCAUCUUCCCGGGCGUCUGGCUACGACACGGACUCUCGCCGACAGCCAACUCCUUACAUGGGUCGGCGAGAUUCAGCUUUCUCCGGAUAUGGAAGCAAUGACGAAGUAACUGAAGCACCGGCGCCGAAACGAGCCAAGCUAUUGAGGGCGGAUUCACAGGACAAAGCUUACAUGAACAUAGAAAGGCAGCCUGGUUCCCUCCGCGUCGCAGCAAGUACUGCUGCAUCUGUACGCAUCCACCGCCCCAUGCCCAUGAACGCAGCGGCUGCCCGAGCUCAGACAUCCAACGACGACCCUGUCCGCCCACCUACGCCUAUUCCUAGAGGCACCACCGGUGCCGCCCGUCCCAUCCGUCCAUCACUCAGCAAUCUUCGCCAGGAGUCGUCCAGCGCCAGCCAAGUCCCGUAUACCUCACCAUACGCGCACCCUCCCGAGACCGCUGUUACCUCACCCGAAGAUGUUCGAUAUGGAAGUGCCAUCGAUACACCUUUCAAUAUGCCAUCAUCACCCCCAGUAAUGGAAAAUAUGUAUCCCCAGGCGUCUAGCCCCCUUCUUCCGCCUCUCCCUGACCAUGACUCGGGUUUUAUGAGCGGCAAUUUAGACUCAAUCCUCGACGAUAAUUGCAUAGGGAACACGCUUGACGAUCUUGAGACCUCCGCAAGCCAAGUGAGGCAGGCACCGGUCAACCCCGGUAAAGAAAAGCCCGCUUCGCCAUCUCAAAGCGUCCCCCAGUUGCAUACAAAUCAUAACCACUGUUUUCCGAUGAGCGAUAGUGUAGUAGAUACGACCGCCAAUGAACCACCACCAACCCUACCACCCCCACCAAGAAGACUAACCGGGUCCCGUCCUUCCUCGCGAGCUAGCAUUAGGCAGAAUGCGAAACCUCUUGCUCCUGCUCCUAUCUCCCAGAGCGAAGCAGAAAGAUUAAACCGCCAGACAAUUCCCGCUAGCGACCCUGUGCGCCCUGCACUGACCUCACAGCAACAAACUCAGGCGUGGAAUGGUCCAUUGAGCGACUUUCCGACCUCUACCACUCCCGCUCCAAUGCCUUCGGACUAUGGCAAAGUACGAAGUGGAGCAGGGGCCAGGAGAACCAAGCAGGUCCAGGCACGUCUGGAGCAAUGCAUUCGUCAAGGCACUGUUCCACCUUAUUGUGAAAAUUGUGGGGCAAUUGAGACACCUACCUGGAGACGAGCCUGGUCAAAGGUUAUCCAGGGCAGCGCGCAAGAUGCAGAUUCCUGUGCAGAUGAUCCUGCCAUGCUCUUCUGGCGCCCAGAGGAAUUUGGCCCGGACGGAAAAACUGUCAUAGCUUUCAAGCAAUUCAAAAAGUCAUUGGCAGAUCACGAUAAAGAUUUUGUUCAACUCUUACUGUGCAAUCCAUGUGGCUUAUGGCUCCAUAAAUUCAAGACUAUGCGACCGGAGAAUAAAUGGAACAAACAACCCCCAAAAGACAAAGGAAAACGACCAAUAAGAAGAACCAAACCCCUAGCCGGUACUUCGACGAGAUCAUCCCGUAGUAAAGCCCUAGCUUCAAAGCGGAUGGGAUCGUCUCCUGGACCCAUGGAGGCCUCCUCACCAACCGGAGAAGAUGCAACCACUCCUGGCGACACUGGGAACGAUACGACUGCAGCCAAUGAUGAGGAUGCACCACCCCCUUCUCGAUCCGUCAGCCGACGAGCCAAUAGCGAGGAGCCGCCAAAGUCUGCUGAUAAGCGCGGAAAUCGAUGGCGGGAAGAAGAUGCAGUGAAGGCAUUGCAUCGUGCAAUCCAAUCUAGCCCUGCUCGGAACAUGGAAAGCCGAACUCUGCCCUUUAUAGAGGCGAAUCUCACGCCAAAACCAAUUCGCAGGUCUCUAUUCCCUGCAUCGAAGGAUGAUAAUACCAUGAAGACACUAAGUGAUGCUUCGAUCAAUGUGGUACGGAGAAGUCCGCGGGUAGCGUCCAAGCAAUUGAAACUGACACCUACCAGAGAAGGCGCUACUGCACGAUUGGACGAUGGCCUUGAUAACCUUUUUGUCUGCAGUGACGCUGAAAAUGAUCCCUUACCAUUUCCGGGUAGCCCUACGCCGCGACAAAAAAAUAGGCGCGUUAUGUUAACCCCGACUAAGCAAAAUAACCCAGCUUCGGAUUCGGGAAAUUCAAUGGACGGUUCAAAGAAGCAGGGUACCAAUUCCUCGCCAUCGAGAUUGACUACUGAAGAACUUGAACGUGCAAGUCGAGAGGUAUCAGGGCAAACACCCCGCGCUUAUCGGAUUAGCAAUCUUCUCAAAGAUGGCACUACACAAAGUUCACUCCAGAAUAGCCCGCGGUUACGGAGUUUUGAAUCCCUUGGGGGAUUUGUUUUGGAUAUCUUCGAUUCAGACGAAGACUCGAUCGCACAAGCUGACUCAUUUUACCCAUUCAUUCCACCGCAUUACGAAACCGAAAACAACUGGGCUGACUGGGUUGCUGGAACCAGCAUUUCCCCAAGGGCUGCACAAUCUACGGAUGCCGCUGUGGGUCAGGCACACGGCAACGAUGCAACCCUGCCAAGCCAGCGGUUGGGUGAGGGCCAUACAUCCACCUUUAAAGAAUCCGAUUUAUUACACCUUGACCUCGACGAUCCGGUUUUGACUAGCCUCCUGCUUAGCAACUCAAAUUUAAAUCUCCAUGAAAACCUGGGUGACCAACCUACCACUAACGAUAUCUCGAAUAUUUUUGAUAUGACAAUAGCAAACUCGGACCUUCUAAGUACACAGCCCCAAAUGAGUGGCUGUGUGGAGGACCUUGAUGCCACUCUCGCGUCUGCUAGUACGCAAGAAGUCAAUGAAAAAGCCAAUGAAAAAGCCAAUGUUAAUGUCGAUUCUGCAGCGAACGCCCAGGAAGCUAGUUAGAUGGAUGCAUCUGAUCGAUUGUUUGUUUUCUACCUUCAUCUAUGCAGGUUGACAUCACCGCUAUUGCGAAUUCAUUUUUUAAUUUUUUCCCCCCUUUUUAGCACGUGUCCUGUUGAUUCAGAUACCCCCUUGAUUAGCAUUUUUGGUUUUGUUUGUUUCCGAAUUCCUUCGCUCUUUGUUCCCCGUUUGAAUUUCCAGACUCUUUUUACGAAACUGGUUACGAUUGAUUUGUCUCGCCUUAUGAUUGUGGGUGCAAUUAAGUGUUUAACGAAUCUGUUUCGCCUACGCAGUGAUUGAUGUGUUUUGUUUUGUGCUCUGCAUAAUAUAUUUAUGUUGGACAAACUUGAAUGGAAAGGAGUGCGUGGCAGAUUAACUGACUCCUCUUCACAAUUAUGAAUUGGAUUGUGAUUUUUGUGCUUGAAUCUUUUUUUUUUCCGCCCAAGCGUGAGCUGUAAGCCCGAAAUCCAUGAAAAAUUUCUCAUGUAUAUUCAUUUCGGCUCCUUUUUUGCUGCCGAAGUCUCCAACUAAAGUAAAUCGAUUGGGCAAAAUUUAUACCUGAACGCCGGUCAUAAGAUGGUAAACGAUGAUAAAAUAGACAUGAACCAGCCAGGGGAAACCCUACACAGAGACGGAUCUGGUUUUAGCCCGCCCCUUGUUAAAAGAAAAACGAGCAAAAAAAGGCAUCGACUGCGGCGCUACAGGCUCUCUCGAAACCCUCCUUAUAUGUAUCCGUAGAGGGUAGAAAUGACAGCAAAUCUCUCUUUCCAUCAAUUAAUAAACGCCCAACUGGAAAAUUCUCCAUUUUCCGAGCUGAAUUGAAACGAAGAAUAACCAUUCACUUCCACUCUCAUGCCCGCUUCUC